UCUCUCUCUCUCUCUUACUUUCUCUCUCUAGCUUCGAGUUCCCACCAACUCCAUUAUUCUAAAGAUUGACUGACUCCUUCCUUCUUCCCGUCUUCCUACAAAGCUUUCCAAUAAUAUUUCUCUCUUUCUCUCUCUAAAAUCUCUCUCUUUCUCUCUCUACAAUGUUGAUGCUCAUCAACUGCUCACAUUGCAAGACGCCGCUACAUCUCCCACCGGGGGCCAGGUCCAUCCGAUGCGCCCUAUGCCACGCCGUCACCAACGUCGCCGACCCUCGCGGCGUCGUUCCACCUCCGCCUUACUCCGCCUCUGGCCACCACCACCCUCCUCCCCCCGCCUACCACCACUACCCUCCCCCCCCGGCGGCGGCGGCUCCGUCGCCGUACAACCACGCGCCCCCGGGUCAACCGCCGUCGGUCCACGGCCGCAAGAGGGCUGUGAUCUGCGGGAUAUCGUACCGGAACUCUCGGCACGAGCUCAAAGGUUGCAUCAACGACGCCAAGUGCAUGAAGUAUUUAUUGAUCAACAAGUUCAAAUUUCCUGAAUCUUCCAUUCUCAUGCUUACUGAGGACGAAGUUGAUCCAUAUAGGCGUCCCACAAAACACAACCUUAGAAUGGCUAUGUUUUGGCUUGUACAAGGUUGUCAGCCUGGAGAUUCCCUUGUGUUUCAUUUUUCUGGCCAUGGUUCACAACAAAGGAACUAUACUGGAGAUGAGGUAGAUGGAUAUGAUGAAACACUUUGUCCCAUGGAUUUCGAAACACAGGGAAUGAUUGUCGAUGACGAGGUUAAUGCGACAAUUGUCAAGCCUCUUCCUCGUGGAGUCAAGCUUCAUGCAAUCAUAGAUGCUUGCCAUAGCGGGACUGUAUUAGAUUUACCAUUCCUUUGUAGAAUGGACAGGAGUGGACGAUAUGUAUGGGAGGACCAUCGCCCUCGAUCAGGUGCAUGGAAAGGAACAAGUGGUGGGGAGGCCAUUUCAUUCAGUGGCUGUGAUGAUGAUCAAACUUCUGCUGAUACAGCUGCUCUAUCAAAGGUCACCUCUACCGGCGCAAUGACUUAUUCUUUCAUCCAAGCAAUUGAACGCGGACAGGCUACUACAUAUGGGAAUAUGCUAAGUUCGAUGAGGUCUACCAUCCGUAGUACUGACAACGAUAUUGGGGGUGGUGGUGUUGUGACAUCUCUGCUGACUAUGCUUUUGACUGGAGGGAGUCUUGGUGUUGGUAUGAGACAGGAACCUCAGUUGACCGCUAAUGAACAAUUUGAUGUGUAUACGAAGCCUUUUUCCCUAUAACAUUUAAAGCACAUCUCCAGCCUUUGGCUUGUAUUCUGUUUUGGGAACAUAAAUUAAAUUUGUACAGUUAUUGAGAGAAACCAUUUCUAUCAUCAAUAUGAAGUUCAUUGUUCUGCUGUCUACCUGCAAGUCACUAUACAUGGCUUCAAUUCAGACUGAUAUUGUGUUGCAAUUAAUAAUGGUAUUUGAUCAUUUGAAGGGUUGCUAUAGUUAA